AUGAAGUUCUCAGCCACUUUCUUCAUUCUAGUUGCCAUCUUUGGCUUUGCUACCGCCUCGCCUCAGCGCGGGGGCAGUAGAAAACAGCAAAAUGCAGACAAGCAGGCUCUUCGAGACCUCGCUGGCACAGACGUCGACCCCAACCUCGAGAAUGGAACCAGGCUUCUUUCCAAUGGCCAAGGACAGUGUGUGGCAGUAUCUGGAAAAGCAGUUUGUUCCGAUUCAUCAGGGGCUACUUUCUCGCGGUCUUAA